GGGAUACGGAAGCAGAGUGUGCAGGUUUAUGGCGCGUGUUGGUUGAUGUUUAGGGUCUAUUUAGACGAGCGAUUGAUAACUCAUAUGUUUACCUCAUUUUAAUUUAAUGUUAAUGAAACACGUACACCUAGCUAGUAUGCAAUACCCUGACAAUGGAUUCGACCAGGUCAACUGCUGUGGUGCAGCCCAGGGCACACUGACGAAAGAAUCUUUGACACUAUUGGACUGUUGCAAAACCCAAGGGGGGUGCAUUGAGGCUCUGCAUGCCCUUAACAUGGGGACUGUGAGGCCGGAAGAUUGCCACCAAACAGAAUCGACAAGCAUGACUGUCAAACAAGUGGAGACUGUUGAACCAGUGCAUGAUGAGUUUAUCGUCAUAUUACCACCUGUUACUACUGUAGCUGUUGAUGUGGCGAGGAAGGUGGAGGUUGGAGACACGUCCACUCUUGGAGAACACCUAUCCAAUAUUUACAUGGGGGAUUAUGCCUCAGCGUCAAUUGACUUCAUACAAGAGGUUUCUGAAGCAACAAAGUUAAUAUCCGAGUGUGGAAAGGAUUCUGUUCAGUCAAAUUACAUGGAACCACAACAGGAAGAACAGACUGGAGAGGGUCCUUACUCAGAUGGAAAGAUUUCUUCUCAGUCUGAGGCACAGGGAAAUUGUGGGAGAGGGAGAGGUUGUCCAAAUGGGCCUCCUGGCACUGGACGAGGAAGAGGUCGUCCAAAUGGGCCUCCCGGCCCUCAUCCGUGCAUGAACUGUCCAAUGACUUUCGCUCAGUUGGCACACUUGAGGGCCCACGAGAGAACACACACUGGGGAGAGGCCUUAUGACUGCUCUGAGUGUGGGAAGCGUUUCACUCAGAUAGCUCACCUAAAAGUACACCAGAGAAUCCAUACCGGUGAGAAGCCUUACAAUUGCUCCGCGUGUGGGAAAAGGUUUGCUCAAUUGGCAUCCUUGCAAGUUCACCAAAGGCGGCACACCGGAGAGAAACCUUUCCAGUGCAAUCAAUGUGGCGCGAGUUUCUCUCAGUUAGCAAACUUGCUAGCUCAUAAGGCAAAACAUAUUGGCGGAGUACCUUACCCGUGCUCUGACUGUGGGAAGGUUUUCUCUACUGCAGGGAGUCUGAAGGUGCACCAGAGAGUACACACUGGUGACAAACCUUUUCAGUGCGGUUUCUGUUGUAAAUGUUUUACUCAAUUAGGAAACUUGAAAGCUCACAUAGAAAGACAUGAAAGAAAGGGGGAGACUUUGGCUCAGUCUGACUGAAAACAGAGGAGUAGAAAUCCUGAAAAUACACCAGUAGAAAAUACUGGACAAAUACUUAAAAGUUUGUGUGGACAGAGGUCUGAAUUAGGACGCCUAAAUCAUGUCAAUACAAAAAUAAGGGGUGUUAUAUCCCUUUAAAUACUUGUGCGUCGUGUCAGCAUUUAUUUGUGGAUCAUUUUGGAUUGCAAAAGUCACAACUAAUUAAGUAAUCUUGCAUCAGCAAAUCACUGCAUUCUCUGAAUGUAAUACAAAUUCAUUUUUAAAUCAGUUCCACUUCAAAUACCAGAAUUUUAAUAUUUAUUGGAGGCAAGAUUGGACAGAUCUUGGGAGAACCAGAACACGGCAUAGUCUGUUAUGGGAAAGAUUAGAAAAUACAUUAAGAAAAAGGUUUGCAGUUUAUUUUAGAAGUAGUGGAGCUCACUGUGAUGUUGUUGGAGUGAUGUUGAAUGGCCACCAGGGGGCUCUUGUCACUCUGGUCAAAGGGAAUCCCAAGGCCCCAGAGCAGUGACCGGGACACUGUGCAUUGUCUUAAGGCAGAUACGGCUCCUGGAGACACUUGUUGCAUUAGAAUAACACCAUCUGACGGAAGACAAUGGGACCCUGUGUUCAAAUUAAUUUUCUACACUUCAAUGCCUCAAUCUAUAGACCCCUCAAACUCAACUCUGGACCUCAAAGCCAGUGUUUUCUUUCUCCCAUUAUUCCCCUCUAAUCAG